UUUAAGUGUGAGAUAGCCCGGAAAACGGAAGAAGUGAACUUUACACUGACUGGUUCGUUAGUUACUGUCAAAACAAUAACCAUUACUAAAUCUGCUCGGAACAAUGUACAGGUGAGUAGCUAAUGUUCUUGGGCCACAAACCUGCUAAAUAUUGUGAUAAUAGUAAUUGUUGCUUCUCGUCGCCCCGGAAAGUUGUUUGUGCUAGACCUCUAGCUAGCUAUGUAAUUUAGCGUAGCCUGGCUGUUAGCAAGCGAGAGUUGCUAGCAUGAACUCUGGCAACAGUAGCUUGCUCCUUGCAUGGCUGAUUAAAUGUAGCUAUGUUGUUCAUAUCAAGAAUAAUGUAUUUGCAUAUGUAUUGUUAAAGAUAUUUAUUUUGCAUAUAGUUAACUAGCCACCAGUACAAUACUCGAAGUUUCAAAUUGUGAACAUGGCCACGCGCUGUCAAACGUUGGCCAAAGCCAGGCAAAGCAAACAAUUGCUUUAGGACUAUAUUCUGCGUUAGCGCAUAACUGAGUUUAGCUUUAUAAUCUAUUUUGUUAAUGGGAUUAGCCAGAUAGUCUGUGGCUGCUCUAAUAUCUAAUUCACAGGCCAGCGAUUUAAACGGACAUGUGCCUGUGAGCGGUUAGCCAGCAGUCAGUGCAAGGCAGACAGACAGGGUGGGCGUAACGCCUUUACAGGUGGGCUACUCAAGAAGUAACUGCUAAACGUGUAGUAUAGUACAAGGUUGCAGAGGUCACACAAUGCUAAUCUUUAGAAGAAGCUAGCUUGCUGCUGUAUUUAUAGAGCAGAGAUCGUGCAGGGCUUGUAGCCAGUACAGUGCUCUACAGGCAGGUGUCAGUUUUCUAAACAUCCCUUAAAAGUCAACUGGCAGUCUGACACUAUGUCCUGGCCGAAUACCAUAUUGCCCACUUGGGGAUUUGCCCUGUACAAGCUUUAACAGGCUUAUACUGUACUGUAGGUAAUUAAUUUGUUUCUGUGUUGCCCUUCAGGUUAACAACAGAUGGUAGAAGGUGGGUGUUGUCCAGUCGGUGACUCUGACCAUCCAUCUCUACUAUGGUGCUGUGCAGCAGCCUGCUGGCUGUGGCGUUCCUCCUGUCUCAGGCAGGGGGGGUUCCUGCACUCUUUGGAAGAGGACGCCCUUCCUAAGGAGUGGGUGCUGCUCCAUGUGGUGCAGGGCCACAUCGGGGCAGGCAACUACAGCUACCUGCGGCUCAACCACGACGGCAAGAUCAUCCUGCACAUGCGCAGCCUCAAGGGGGACGCAGACUUGUACGUCUCGGACAAAACUCUGCGGCCCAGCUUCGACACCUACAAGCUGCAGUCGGCCACCUGCGGCCAGGACGUGGUCGUAGUACCUGGGGACUUUGUGAGGCCCGUGGGGAUUGGCAUUUACGGCCACCCGUCAUACCAGGAGAGCGAGUUUGAGGUGAGGGUGUUUUACGAUCAGACUUCCCUCCAGGACCCGUUCGAUAAAAGGUCGUACCCCUCGGAGGAGGACCGGGGGAAGCAGAGCUACUCCCCAGCUCCAGAGGACGACUUCCAGGAAGAGGAGUCCAUCUUCUGGACUAUUUUCAUUGGUAUUCUGAAGAUUAUACUUGAAAUUUUGUUCUAA